AUGGGGAGCCACUUCUGCUGGGCACUGCUGCUGGUCCUUGGGGUGGCCGUGGCAGCGGAACCCUCGCAGACCUCUGCCCUCAGCUUCGAUGAGGUCAUUGCUGCCUCGGUUGACAUCUACAACCAGCAGCAAGCCCCAGAGUUUGCCUUCCGGCUGCUGGAAGCUGAGCCCCAGCCAGACUGGAACGCGUCUUCUCAAGCCAUUCGGCCACUGAAAUUCUCCAUCAAAGAGACUGUUUGCCGUGUGACAGAGAACCUUGACAUUUCCAAAUGCGACUACAAAGAGAAUGGGAUCGAACGGGAUUGUUCUGCCUUCUAUUCCAAUGAGCAGCUUCCAGCAACAGUUAUCUUGCAGUGUGAGGAUGUGAACAAAGAGCUGGAUCGUAUCACAAGGAGCCGCUGGAGAAGGUUCUGGAGAAAAACUAAGCGAUUUGUGAAGAGACAUGGGGUGAGCAUCGGCUUUGCAGCUCUCCGGUUUGGAUAAGGAGGGCUCACUGUCCUCUCAUCGGGCUCACUGCUUCAGCAUCCCAGCAAAGACCCUGGAAGCUCACCUCUGGAGGUUCUGCCUCGCUCCCUGUAGGGCUGUCUUCAACUUCUGGCCUGGAAGUAUUACAUAAAGCUUCGCUACAUAAUAAAAUCCCCUUAAGAAA